AUGACCAAUAAAAUUACAAAAGAUAUUAAAGAUGAACUUACAGAAUUUUUACAAAUUACUGAUAGUAUUACAAAUUAUCAACCAUUUGGAUCAAAACUAUUACAUUAUGUUCCAGAAGAUAGCUUUUUGGUAGUUAUGAAUUUAGAGCAAAGACAAGUAUUAUCAAAAAAGAAAUGGAUAUCAUGGAUUGGAGAAUUAGAGCCAUCUAAUAAACUAGGUAAUCUUAACUUCUAUGAUCAAUCUUCAGGUCGUCCGGUAUAUAUUAUGGUAUGUUUCUCAGAUGUUUUAAUGGCCAACAAAUGGCAACUUAAACUAAAUCAAAUUUUAAAAGAAUCUGAACUAUCAUUAAAAUCUCAAGCUAAGGUAGAAUCUGUAAGCUCAACCAUGGCUAAAGUAACUGUAUCAUGUAUAGAUGGUGACAAAUCAACAUGCUUUUUAAGUGAAAGCGAAAGAAUAGUUUACCAAUGGUUGUCUGAGCAACCUGAAAGUAAUUUUUUUGAAAGAUCAUUUAAAACUAUCACUUCAAAUAGAGUUUCCCCAACCGUUAUUUUUGGCAACUCCCAAUCUUUAGCAAACAAUGAUAGAAUAGACAUUCCAUUAAGAGGAGCGGGUCAAAUUAUAAGUGUAGCCGAUACUGGUUUAGAUACUAGCCAUUGUUUUUUUAGUGACUCAAAAACCCCUAUACCUUUCAAUACUGUAAAUUUAAAACAUAGAAAAGUUAUAGCUUAUUUCUAUAAUGGAAGUGAAGCAGGCGAUGAUCAAGAUUAUAUAGAUGGUCAUGGUACUCAUGUUUGUGGCUCUGCUGCUGGUUCACCUGAAAAUACAUCAUGGCAAAUUGGUCAAUUUAGUGGUUUAGCAAGCGAUGCAAAAUUAGCAUUUUUUGAUAUAUCAAAGAAUGACCCAAAUUCUCAAGAACCAAUUCCUCCUGCCGACUAUUACGAGAGUAUGUAUAAACCUCUUUACAAUGCAGGUGCAAGAGUACAUGGUGAUUCCUGGGGUUCUGUUUCUGUUAGUGGUUAUGUUGGUGGUUACUCGAAAGACUCAAGCUCAAUUGAUAGUUUUCUAUAUGACCACCCAGAUUUCAUUAUUUUGAGAGCUGUUGGUAAUAAUGAACAAUAUGGGUCAUUAUUAGCUCAAGCCGCAUCAAAAAAUGUUAUUACAGUAGGUGCAGAACAAAGUGCUAUUCAGGCAUAUACUCAAGAUUUUAUGACCUAUAAUGAUUUUGAUGCAAUUGCAACUAGCCAGAUAAGGGUACUAUGUGAAUUAUUAGAUCCUAAAUAUUGUAACUAUACAAUUGCUCAAUGUUGCUCUGAAGCACCAACAGUUAAAGGUUUAGCCAUUUGCUGUCCCGAUUUAUUAAAACAAUCACAAUCAAAUCAAUUUACCACAAACUCUACCCAUUAUAAUCAAAAUAAUAUUUGUAACUUUUCUUCAAAAGGUCCCACACAUGAUGGUAGAUUAAAACCAGAUAUUGUUGCUCCAGGUGAAUACAUCACAUCAUCAAGAUCAAAUGGUCCCAAUAACACCCAACAAUGUGGUACCGGUGCAGUUCCAAGUUCAAGUGGUUUAUUAUCAUUACUUGGUACAUCUAUGGCCACUCCAUUAGCAACCGCAGCAACAGCUAUCCUUAGACAAUAUUUAACCGAAGGCUAUUAUCCAACAGGUGAACCAAUUGAAGAAAACAAACUUAAUCCAAGUGGUGCUUUAUUAAAAGCUCUUAUGAUUAACAAUGCUUUAUUUUUAAAUGGUAGCAUCUAUUACAGUGAUGGUAGAGUUCAACCAAACAACAUCGAAAUUCCCUUUGCUGGUGCAAAUAAUAUUCAAGGAUGGGGAGCUUUAAGAAUGAACGACUGGAUGUAUGUAAAAUCAACUGGUAAAGAAAUAAAUAGAUGGAUAGCUAUAGGUGAAUUGAAAGAUAAAAAACCAUCAGAAUGGAAAGAAAAGGAAAUUAGUGUUGGCCUUAAUACAUCAUAUUGCUUUACCUUUAAACCAAAUUCAAGUACUGGAAAACCAAAAGUUAAAGCAACUUUAGUUUGGACUGAUCCACCAUCUUUUCUUGGGGCUAAAUAUAAUUUAGUAAACAAUUUAGAUUUAUUAAUGAUCCUUCAAGGUGAUGAAGAAAAAAUAUACUAUGGUAACAGUGGUGGUGUAACUAAACCAGGUCAACUCCCAAAACCAGAUUUUGUUAAUAAUGUAGAAGGUAUUACUCAUUUUCCAACUGAAGCAACUACAUAUAAAUUUAAAAUUAUGGGUUCAAAUAUUCCAAUAGGUCCUCAAAAAUUCUCAUUUGUUUUCCAUGGUGAAAAUGGUGAAUUUGGUUGGGAUUCAGAAUGUCGUCAAUGUGAAGAAGGUGUAACAGUUCCAUGCUCUAUUCCUCAUGGAGUUGGCACUAUCAGUUGCAAGAGUAAUUUUGAUUGGUCACAAUGUCUAGUCCAAAGCUGCGAAGAAGGAUAUAGCUACAACUCAUUAAAGAACUCAUGCGAUAAAUUCCUUUCCUAUAACUAUAUUAUCAUUAUAGUUGCUGGUGGUACAAUGUUUCUAAUUGUCUUAUUCAUCCUAAUAAUUAAAUACAUGGAAUAUAAAGAAAGCAAAAAAGAUAGCUAUAAACGUUUCGACGAUGGUACAGGUAUAUAUGUAAGACCAAAAGAUAAAGAUGCUCCAGUUUCACCUCCAGAUCUUUAUAAUUUAGUUUCACCUUUCAUUAUUGAAUUAGCAAUUUCAACAGCAUGCUCAUUAGUUGCCACAGCCGCAUCAAUUCUUCAACCUUACUAUAUUGGUAAUAUCAUUAACAACAUUCCAUCAACAAACUCUAUGGGGGAUUUCAAAGAAGAUUUUAUAAUUAUUUUCAUUUUAGCAUUUAUCGAAUUUGUUUUUACCAAUGUUAGCUCUUGGAUAUCCGGUAUAGUAAAUGAAAAGAUGGUUAUGAGACUCCAAAAUAAAGUUUUUAGAGCCAUCAUUGCCCAAGAUAUGGGUUUCUUUCAAACUAACAAUGCCGCCACAUUAAUGAAUAUUCUCAUUGUAGAUACCCCUAUGUUAAGAUCGGCUCUAACUGGUAUUUUAUUAUCGAUUGCAACAGCAAUUUGCAAAUUAGUUGGCAGUUUAGUUUUUAUCUUCACAAUCUCUUGGAAGUUAUCACUAGCUUUCUUUGCUGCUGUUCCAAUCUUAGGUUUGGUUACCCAACUUCAGUCAGUAUUCACUAAAAAAUUAACCAAAACCUUAUUAUAUUUCAACUCAAAGUCAUCUCAACAUGGCCAAGAAUCAAUGGUUAAUAUGCAUGUAGUAACCAAUUAUUGUAAGCAAGAUAAAGAAAUACUCAAGUACACAAAUUGCCUAAUGGAUGUUUUUAUUACAGCAAGAAAACUUAUCAUUUGUAAUACAAUUGCAUCAACUGGUAAAUGGCUAUUAAUCGAAAGUUUAACAUUUGUUAUUCUUUAUUUCAGUGCAUAUUUAGUUAUUCAAAAACAAUUUACUGUUGGUUUAAUGAUAUCAUUUUCAUUAUAUAUCGGUUAUGUUAUAGAAUCUUCAACAACAUUAUUUGGUGUCUAUGUAAGCUAUGUACAAUCACAAGCAUCCGCAACUAGAGUAUUUAUAAUUUUACGUUCAGCACCUAGAAAGAGAACAACUUUAGAAGAAGAACAAAAUGGUGGUGAUGAUGAUGACGACGAUAAUGAUGGUAGAGGAGAUGGUAAAAACGAUAAAUUCUCUGUCUCGGGUACAACCCCAAGCUCUCCUGCACUAUUAGGUGGAGAUAAAGACAAUGAUACAAAUGGUGGAGGAAGUAAUGAUGGAAACACUAUAGAUCCAAUAGGAGCAAAUAACAAUAAUAAUAAUAAUAUUAAUAAUAACAAUAACAAUAAUGAUAAAACAAGUAAAAAAGAAAUGAAAAAGAAGAAGAAGAAAGAAGAAAAAGAAUUUUUAAAGAGAACAGGAAUUGAUGUUAUAGAAAUGAGUAUUAUUCCAUCACAAUAUAUUGAACUACAAGAUGUAAAAGGUGAUAUUGAAUUCCACAAUGUAACAUUCAGCUAUCCAUCACGUCCAGAUAUUCAAGUACUACAUAAUAUCAAUAUGAAGUUCGAAUCAGGAAAAUGCUAUGGUAUUGUUGGUCCAUCAGGUAGUGGUAAAUCAACAGCUUUAGAAUUAAUAUCCAAAUUUUAUCAAAUUAAAAUGGGAAAAGUUACAUUAGAUGGUGUAGAUAUCUCAAAGAUACGUCCAAGUAACUUAAGAGGCUUUGUAACAUGUGUUCAUCAACAACCAUUUUUAUUUGAUGCAAGUGUUUAUGACAAUAUAAGCUAUGCCAUCGAUAACCCAACCGAAGAAGAAGUUUAUGAAGCUGCAAGAUUAGCCAAUGCUCAUGAAUUUGUUGAAGAACUAACCCAAAAAUACCAAACAGUUUUAGGUUAUGGUGGUGGUCUAUUAUCCGGUGGUCAAAAGAAAAGAGUUGCUAUUGCCAGAGCUAUUUGUGCCAAAAGAAAGAUUAUGUUAUUAGAUGAAAUUACUGCAGAGUUAGAUCCAGAAAGUGAAGAAGCCAUUACAAAUAGUAUUAAAAAAUUAACUCAAGGUCACACUGUAGUAAUGGUAGCUCAUAAGGUAGCUGCUGUACGUGAUUGUGAUAAAAUCUUUGUUUUAGAUAAAGGUUUCUUAAUUGAAGAAGGUACACAUGAUGAAUUAAUGGCAGCAAAAGGAAAAUAUCAUAGAAUGUUCUCAGAUGACAUUGAAGAAGAAGAACUUUUAAAUAAUAUUAAUCAAUUAGCCUUACCACAAGAACAAGAAAAAAAUGAACCAGAAGAACAAUCAUCAAAUAUUAAUAAUAAUAAUAUAGACAAUAAUAUAGACAAUAAUAUAGACAAUACUAAUAUAGAUAAUAACAAUAACAAUAACAAUAAUAAUAAUAAUAAUAAUAAUAAUAAUAAUAAUAAUAAUAAUAAUAAUAUUAAUAUAGAUAAUAACAAUAACAACAAUAAUAUAAAUAAUGGUGAUACUAAUAUUGUUGACGACAAUGAAAACUAUGAAAAUCCAUUAUUAAAUGAUCAAAUUAUAGUUGGUGAAUCAAAACCAAAUGAAAGUUUAUUGUCUCAUCAUAGUGCAUCGCCAAGUGACACCCAAUCAUCUGAUAGUAAUAAUAUUUAAACAUAUAAUAAUUUUAUAAAUAUGUAUUAUAAAUAAAAUAAAAUUAUUUGUUUUUAU